UUCUUUUUUUUUUUUUUUUUUUUUGCCCACCCGAUGUUUUUUCUGAUCGUUGUUCCCGUCCGAAUGAAUGUGAAGGAUGAUUGGGUGUGUGUCUAGCUAAAUACAGUGGGGAAUGUAUGCCUGCCAUGAUUGGGCACGACGAUGGAAGUUCUUCGUGCCCUCGACGGUUGGCAUGUGUAGGGGGUGGAUAAUGAUAUAUGGUAAGGAUACAGGAUAAGAAUGGAUGAUAAGAAUAGGGGAUAAGGAUACAAGAUAAGGAUAUAGGGUAAGAAUAGAGGGUAAGAAUAGGGAUAAGAAUGAGAGGAUAAGGAUAGGGAGAGGAUACAGGAGGGGGAUGGGGAACGAUACAGGAAGGAGAUGGGCAAGGAUGGGAAAGGAAUUGGGAAAGAAGAAAGAGUAUGAACGACGAGAAGGGAUAAAAUAUAUGGAUGAAGGUUAUGAUGGAUAUAAGGAUGAAGGUAGUAAAAGUAAUGAUGAAGGUAAAGAUAAGGUAAGGAUGAAGGUAAGAAUGAAUAUAAGAAUGAAUAUAAGAAUGAAUAUAAGAAUGAAUAUAAGAAUGAAUAUGAGGAUGAAGCUAAGGAUGAGGCUAUGAUAUAGGGGAGGAUAUACGGGAUGGAUAGGAAGGGUAAGGGUGGGAAGGGUACUAUGGGAGAUGGAUGUAGGAGAGAAGAAGAGAGAGACCUUCAAUGGGGGGAGGAUGGGGUAUUUAUACCCUCUGGCAGGCAGUCCCAGGUCCCAAUCUGUCACUUCUUCACUGCGUUCACCUCCUUCCUGAACAGGAAAUAAUGAGGUCACUUUGUUGACGGGGUG